AUGGAUCACACACGCGACCCCUGCCCCUGGGUUGCCCUAAGCGAUUUCGGUGGUGCCUUCGCCAUGGGAGCCAUUGGUGGUUCCGUCUGGCACGGUGUCAAAGGAUUCCGCAACAGCCCGUAUGGUGAGCGCCGGAUAGGUGCUCUCACGGCAAUCAAAGCGCGCGCUCCCGUUCUCGGAGGUAACUUCGGAUGCUGGGGUGGUCUUUUCAGUAUCUACGACUGUUCAAUUAAGGGCAUUCGCAAGAAGGAAGAUCCCUGGAAUGCCAUCAUCGCCGGCUUCUUCACUGGUGGAUCUCUCGCCAUCCGUGGUGGUGUCAAGGCUGCCCGAAACUCCGCUAUUAUGUGUGCUGUCUUCCUUGCUGUCAUCGAGGGUGUCGGUAUUGGUUUCCAGCGCAUGAUGGCCGAUAACACAAAGCUCGAGCUUCCCCCCCUUCCUCCGUCGGAGCAAAAGGCCGUCGCUUAA